ACGAAUUCCCGUGGACAAAUUCCCGACACGAGUCUAAUUUAAUCUCAUUGCUAUUUCUAUUUUAAUUUAUCCCCCAUCCAUCCAUCAUUUAUUUCAUCCAUCUACCUCUCCCAAGCAUACCAACUCUGUGGCGGGCUUGCGGAGCUCAGCACCGCCAAGAACCAGAUUAAAGCCACUCUAUCCUUCCUUCGAACAGAUAGAUCCUUCUUAAAAAAUUACCCCCUAACGGCGAAGGCAGAACGAAACCACUGCACGCGCGAGGCAAGAGAGGACACAAAUCAGCGCAAAAGAAGCAAAAGCAACAAUGUUCUCCCUCUUCAAAUCAAAAACCCACAAGUCGCACCACAGCCACGAGGAUGAAGAUCUCGCGCACGAGCAGGAUAUGAAGAAGAACGACCCCGUCGCGGCCGCUUCUCAUGCUGCCAGCGAGGCAUGGCUUGCGGGACACCUAAACCACCUGACGGAGGAGCAGGAACAGAAGUUUGUCGAGUUUAAGAAGGUUUGUGAGGAGAGGGGAUACUAUAAGCCUUCUUGUGAGGAGGGGGGCCCGAGUCAUGAUGAUGCAACUAUGUUGAGAUUUCUUCGUGCUCGCAAGUUCGAUGUUGAUGGUGCCUGGGGUCAGUUUAAGGAUACCGAGGACUGGCGGAAGGAUAAUGCUAUCGAGACGCUGUAUGAGAAUAUCGAUGUCGAGUCGUACGAGCUGUCGAGAAGAAAGUAUCCCCAAUGGACCGGCCGCCGUGAUCGCCGUGGUAUCCCCGUCUACGUUUUCGAAAUCAAAGAUCUAAACAGGGAAAACAUGGCUGCUUAUAAUGCCAGCAUCUCCAGUACGAUGACGUCGGAGACGCACAAGUCCUCCACCGUGCCCGGGCGGCUUCUUCGUCUUUUCGCGUUGUACGAGAACCUCCUCCGAUUCGUAAUGCCGCUGUGCUCGGCGUUGCCUCGUCCGAACCCUGAAACCCCUAUCGUCUCGUCAAAUAACAUUGUUGAUGUCAGCGGCGUUGGCCUGAAGCAGUUUUGGAAUCUGAAGGGACACAUGCAGGAUGCGAGUGUGUUGGCUACGGCACAUUAUCCAGAGACGUUGGAUCGUAUCUUCAUCAUCGGCGCACCCUCCUUCUUCCCAACAGUCUGGGGCUGGAUUAAACGCUGGUUCGACCCAGUCACCACCUCAAAGAUCUUCAUCCUCUCCGCCUCAGAAGUCACUCCCACCCUGACCUCUUUCAUGGACCCAUCCAGCAUCCCCAAGCAAUACGGCGGUGAACUAGACUGGAAAUGGGGCGACAUGCCGAACCUGGAUGAACCCGCACGAGAACUGGUCGGUGCAUUAGAGACUGCCCCGGCCGAAGGAGAGACUAAGCCCGGGUUCAUCAAGGGACCGGUCCUGUUUAAGGGCAAGGAGAUUGAGGUCCUAGGUACUGUCGACGGAAAAAGCAGGCGAGAGACUAUCCCUGUUCCUCAAAAGGAGGAGCAGAAUCCUUCCGAACAGAAGGAAGAAUCCAAGGCUGCCGAGCCCGCUCCUGUGGAGACAAAGGAUACCCCUGCCCAGCUGGAGAAACAACUAGGACAGGAGACGACGACUGAACAACGCAAGGCCGAAGCAAAUGACAGCAUUGAGUCCUCCAUUACCGCUGUCUCUGGUGAGGAUGAAUCGGCUAUCAAGUCCCCGCUUGAGAAAGAGACGGAGGUCAUCAACAGCGAGACCACUACGACAGUAUCAUGAAUGGGCAAUAGACUGCUGAUAUUUUCUUUUACUUCUUCAUUAUUCCUCUGGUUCUUCCCCCUUCACUUGAAGCAAACCAAGCAUAGCGCUGAUUUAAUAUUGUUUUUUGUCUUCCUUUCUACCAUCCUGUAUUGCAUUAGAUGUUCAUCUGCGUACCAUAUAUCUGUAUUUGCAUGUGUUAAUCAAGUAUAAUAGAUUGUGUAUGUACACACGGUUGCAGGCUAGAAGUUUGAAUUCGGAUAUGUCCAGACCUGGUUGAUGAGCAUUUGUUCCUGUGAUCAGCUUCAGCUUCAGCCUUAAUUAGGAUUGAUGGCAGAUCUCAUUAGCUUUGCGAGUACUACUCCACGACACGAGAGUCGAUGAGUUCUCGGUGUUCCAUCAGAUUACUCCAUAUUCUUAACAGCCAUCUCCUUCCUCAUAAACGCCUCCCACAGCUUAAUCACCUCCCCAUUCAAAGCCUUCUCCUCGUACAGCGGCUCCGACUUCCAACUGACAUACCCCAACUGCUCAUACCACUCCUGAACACUGAACGACGGCGGCGUCAUGCCAAUCCUCGCCCACAUACCCCUCCAUUCCGGCCCUUCGUCAUAUACAUACCGCUUACUGAGCCCCGUGAGCGUAACAAAACGACAGCGCGGACUACCAUACGGUUCCGUGACGGCUAGUUCCUCGACAAGGCCCAUCGCGCGCCGUCCCAGCCCGUAAGAGCGAUACUCGGGCAGGAUGAAGAACGAACUGACGGUGAGCACGGACUUGUCUGCGCGGGCUAGAUCGGGCUCCGGCGGAUCAGUGUAUGCGUCGAGGGAGAUGUGGCCGGUGCGGAUGAUGCUGUUCUCCUCAUUGCUGGAAGAGUUGGGGAUGGUGAUCCAGAAGAGGUUCUUGAGGCCCUCUUGUUGUUUGGCCUUCCAUUUCUGGAGGGUUUGCGGGUCAUAGUUCCAGCCACAUAUGAGGCGUUGUCUUUGGAUCUCGGCGAAUUGGCCUGCAUCGGACAGAUCGACAGGUUCGAGGCGGCAUUGUGAUGCGGUUGCCAUGGGUGUAGGGGGUUUUCUGGCAUUGCUGCCCAUCAUCGUCGUUAUGAAGGUCCAGUCUCUCUGCCAGGGGUAAAUUGCUCGGUGGUUCGGAGAGGAUACUAGGGCAUGUCGUUCCAUGCAAGAGACAGCAACAGGGCAAAUCACAAAGGACCAAGACCGUUCCCGCUAACCGGAAGCCUACAGCAAGCAUCCAGCAAGCCGAUAUGAUGUUGAUUUUGUCCUGCAGCUCGGGAUGGACAGUCACAGCUCGGAAGGCGAACG